AUGUCAACAUACGCACAAGUUGAUUUAAUUAGUGUUCCAAAACCACUAGCAAACUCCACUGAACCAAAUGAAGAAAUAACAAAUGAAGUUUUUGAAAAUGAAAUUAAAAAAAAACUGAUAAAAUUCAUCCCAUGGAUUGAUAUAAGCAAUAUUUCAAAACUUGAUGAAGGUCACUUUGGAUUCAUAUUCAAAGCUUAUUGGACAAAGACGCAUAGUAAUGUCGUUUGUAAGGAAUUAACAAACCUGACGGGCAUAAAUGGCAAAUAUUACACUGCAUUUAUUCAUGAGUUAACAAUGCAUACUAGAUCAGAUCUUUGUGAAAACAUCGUUCGAUUUUUGGGAGCCAGUAAAG